GGUAUGUUUAAUAUAAUAAAACUUAAUCUCAUUUGUCCCCCUUAUUUCAAGGUAUUUACCUGAUGGGUUCCCUGCUUUUAUUGUCUCCAUAGAAAGAGGGUGCAUAGCCUUAGGGCAGCACAGAGAUACUUCUCCUGAAACAUGGCGCACCUAGGGUCUCGAAGGAGGAUGUCCCCUGGUUUGAGGACAAGGAUAGCUCACAGAAAGGCCCACAGAACCCCACCUUCGCCUCUCAUUGCGGAACCGGAUGAAAUGAUGGGGAAAGCUCAUGAACUUUUCCAGCUUUGUGACAAAGAAGAUAAGGGGUUAAUUACCAAACGAGAUCUGCAGCGGCUGCAGAAUGAGCUGCCCCUCACCCCAGAGCAAUUAGAAGCUGUGUUUGACAGCCUGGACCAAAGCAACAAUGGCUACCUCACUCCUGUGGAGUUCAGUAUGGGACUUGGGAAGUUACUAGGGGUAAAUCUUUCUCAUGAAGAAGAGAAGGAGAAUUCUAUGAUGGAGGAGACCUUUGAGUCUGGUUGGUCAGAUGGACCUGAUGAGGAGGACGAUGCAGAAGAGAUGCUGUUCAGUGCAACCAUGGAGCACCUUGGUGCAUCACGGAUAUUUCAGGAACACAAAGAAAUCCGAGAUUUGUGGAGCCGCCUCCGUAAAGAGCGCCCAGAGCUCUUAUCACAUUUUGAGGAAUUUCUCUAUCGGGUUUCCUCCUAUAUCCGGGAUGUGCAUCAUGAAAAAGACACUUUGGAGCAGGCUUUGAAAAGGAAGGAGACGGACCAUGGACGGGAGGUGAGAUGUUUGUAUGAGGAGAUGGAGCAGCAGAUCAAAAUAGAGCGAGAGCGGCUUCUUAAAAAGGUACUGAUCAAGGGUGAUCAUGGACUGAAAAACUAUUCACACCUUAUUAUGUCUAAAGUAUAGCAGUGUCUCCAAGCAAUGUGGAAUGAGCCAGCUGGGAUACAAGGAAACCUCCCAGUGGGCCCAGGUGUCAGUGGGCCCUCCUGCUCAGUUACCCAUUUGCUUGUAUGCCUAAACCAUGGCCAUUCCACAUUUCUAAAUGAGAAUAAAGAGAAGCAAUGGAGGACAGCAUAGAUGAUAGUAUGUCAAGAGAAGUGAUUAAGAGAAUAAGGAAAGCGAGUGAACAUAGUAGGAAAAAUAGUUUGUAGGGUGGGCCUGUGGUCUGAGGAUUUUCAGUGGACCCAACACUAUCCUCAAAGUAAAUUGCAAAGGUGCUCCGGGGAACACUCCGCAUAUUUAUAUUCAAUUGUUUACCAGCCUUUUGUUCCCAUCUUAUGAAACCUGCACUUAUAUAAGUCUCGCCAUGCAGAAUAAGUGGUGCCCAUAUGUUUACUGAACAGUAAUAGGAAAAUAUAUUCUUUUUAUUUGGCUGCGAGAAAAUUGGCCAUCUAGGAAAGGAAAAUAAAUAUUCUGUUGCUAUGUUCUCAAUCAUUCCUGGCAGUACUGCCUUGUUUCACACUACAGUGCAGCUGUACAUUGUUAACUAAAUGCAUUAUAAGUACCCUCUGCUAAUUUACCUUGGUGUGUUGUAAAGCAAGGUACAUAAUCAAAAGCUUUUCCUGCUCUGUACUAUAUACAUACAUACAUACAUACAUACAUACAUACAUACAUAUAUGUGUAUAUAUAUAUAUGAAAAAAAGGGAAAGUUGUGCUCAACCACUAAAUUUUAAACCAUUAGGCAGGGGUGCAAUGAGGUUGUGACCACGAAAUACAUAGAAACAAUCGCAUAAGUCAGUGUAGGAACUGGUCAAAAGGGAUGACUUUGACGCAGUUGGCCAGCUUGAAGUAUAUUGCAAUAUAUGGACAAACAAUCCCUGUUUUGCUUAAAGGGAAGGGCAUUUCUUAGUAGCUUAAAUGCACCGAAUGACUUAAUGUUCUAUAUAUUUUUUCUUUAAAAUAAAAUGAGUUUAGAAGACACAAAUUAAUAUGAGGCACACCUUUGUAUGAUCAAUAGGGACUACUUUUAUUUUAGGUUCAGCCCUAGAAGAGGGGCCUAUUAUGCCAAGGCCGGAGCUUGGGUAUAUCCCUGACUGAUUACAUAGCCUGUGUGGUAUUUGCUCUGUCAUCCAGAGUGUGCCAUCCAGUGUGCCACCCAGCAAUAAAAGACAUAACUGUGCAAAUAUUACAGGGAAUGGAAUUCUCAUGGUGAAUACUGGAUGUAUGUGCUUAUUGGCAAGCUAAAGUGGUUCUGCUUGCUUUGAUGCAUGGGCCUGGGAAUACUAUCUGUAUAGAGAAACACAAAGUAUACACAGUACCAUACAUAAAAUAAUUUAGGAAUCGGAUGGAUUUACAUUGGAAUCCUACAAAAAAGCUUUUAGUAGUUAUGACUGGGUAAGAUUUUUUUCCCAAAUAAAGAAUAUACUUUACACUCAUUGCCCACUUUCAGGAUGCCUCCAGGGAACACGACAGACACACAGUGCUGCAGAGGGAUCUUGUCAGAAAGGAGCAGGAGCUAGAGGGCAUUGUCCUACGGCAGAAACAGGUACAGUACAAACCUAUUGUGUUACUUAGGGACUGGUGUGAAAAAUGGUCUGCGCUGGUACAGCUGACAUGUGAUAUGGAUUAUAUUGUAACUGAGAGAUAUCAGUGGUUGCUUGGAGUUUUAGUGUUGUACACCAGUUUUCAUCCUUGUGCAACUGAUGAAGUGGCUUCACUUCCUAUUCUGUUGUAUUUGACCGCUUCUGUAUACCACCUUCUGUUGAUAUAAGGCACAGAACCAGAUCAGCACACCAGUUUGCUUAUUGGCAUCUAUGGGCUUGGCACUGUGGGAGAUGAGCAGACUGAAAGGGAAGCAUUGAGAAACAGAUGAGAAACAGAGCCAUAUCUUAAGUUACCAUAAAGGAAACAGAGCUGCUGCCUGUCACGGUGAAUUUAAGGGAAACUGUAUUAUCAUUUUACACAUUAUUCAGUUCUCGCCUCCACUGAUCUGUAAGAGGUGGUGAACUGACUACUUUUUAACACAGAAGUAUUGAACUUAAUUGUUGGAUAAGCCAUUUCCAAGGGAAUUAUAUAAGGCAAACUUCACCUUCAGCAACAAGUGCCUAUUGUGACUCCCCAGGAACAGACAUAAACAGCCAGGAGGCUUCAGUUAUGACCGCAGUUGCGGAGGCACAAAAUGGAUGCAGUCAUUCAUUCAUUAGAGAUACUUGCCUGUUGAGCUUCCCUAAAGUUGCUGUAAGCGCUAGUGUGUCUGUUCCACCUCUUGUUCUGAAUCGUAUUGAUACAGGGGAUUCCCAGAGCUAUUAACACCUUUAAGCUGGAGAGAAUUGAAGGGUUCCCUCUGCAGGCUGCACACAGUGAAUAAUUCACAAACGUCAUAUUAACGCUGAGUGAUGCAAUUAAUACUUUGACUGCAGUUUUGUCUGAUUUGUCAAAACACACAGCUGUAUUUGUGUUCUAUUUGAUGCAUCAGAACUGAACUUGGCUUGCCACUUCACUUGUGUUUGGUGCCCAUUGGAGACUAGUUAUGUGGCAAACUUUGCACCUUUUAUUGCAUAACCCCUGUUAGUCUGUUUCUCUAAUCACCAGUGUGAUCACAUUUAACUGUCCUUGACUUUGCCAUUGAGAUUGAUUUUGUAUAAGAGCACUUUAUAAACUGAAUAUUGCUUUAAAUGCACUACUAGUUGCCCAUGGCCCAAACAUUAUGGUUUGAUGAAGUGAUAGUGGGCCAUAUCCCUAAGGACAGCUGACAUUUUAGGGCAGAAUAGUAAAAUCCUAGAAACUGUCUUGGCAUAUCCUGAACUGGAUCAUUGCCUCCUUGGUGAUCUGGUGCCAGGUGAGUUGUAUUUGGGAGCACAAACUUAAUGGGACAUUAGUGUAAAAUCUCCAUUGUUGAGUUGUCCUAAACCUUAGCCAAACAGUUGGUGUCAGGGCAUGUGAUAAGAACACACCUUACAAGGAUCAGGACAUUGAUAUAAGAGCAGUAAAUAUGUCCUGUAUCCCAUCUUAUCUUUAUCAUCUCCAUCGCUAAUCUGUCCUUGACAGGAUUAGUAUGUUCAGAUCUAGAUAAACCUGCGUGAGAUAUCUGAUUUGUCUGUGAUAGUGAUCUGAGCAAAAUCUCCCUUUGCACAUCUCUUGUAUACACCCACGGGCCAUAGUACAAGUAUCCGGAACAGCCUGCAGUACUGAUCACCCAGCCCCUGCAUUCUCAAUAGCAUACCAGUGGGGCCCUGGACCAUGGUAACCACCCUAUGAAUGCCUCCUUUCUAUCAGUAGCUUAGAAUUCCUGAUGCCUUUGUGACCCAGGGCUGGCACGGACACACAAGUCAUUGUGCAAUCAUACAACAGGUGAUAUAGCUACUCAUUAUUCAACAGACUCACACACUGUUAAUGUUUUACUGUAAAUAAGCAUCUGUUAGGCUGUAAGGGAGGGACGGCUCGCUCAGGACACCGAUUACUGCUUGCUAGGUUUCCAUUUUUAAUGGUGGGGAUGGCUGUAUAAGCAAGGUGGUUUGUACUUACAUUUAUUCAGCUGCCUCAGUCUGUGAUGCACAGGAGAUUUGACAAAUUCUGAGGUUUUGUGCGAGGACAAUGGACCACCUAGUGCCCAGCAGAGAAACUAAUAUUAAGUAAGGCUCUAAUUAAUAUAUGAUUGGUAGAAUAGGUCAACUUAUCAAUGUUUGAGGGCACUAAAGUGAAUUUGCUGUGGGGCCCAGUAACAUUUAACAUCUAGGGCCCAAACUCAAAGCAGUUACUUGUAGAGAGUGCUAAAUGUUGUAAAGGUUACAUAGUCCAAUAGUGGAAGUAAAGAAGAACUGAUAGGAACCAGAGGUGAAUCUAAGGGUAGGAAGGCGAGACGUGUGCAUUGGGCGCAGCAGUGGUAGAGGUGUGAAUGAUGGGGAAGGGUUAGAAGAGGACCAUGAGCAGUCAUGUGGACCAAGGGAGUGAGAACUGAGCCAUACUCAGUACUGGCCAUACUCAGUAUUUCAGAGGAAUGACCCUGCUGAAGAAGGGUCACCCCCCAAAUGUUUCGAUUUCUGCAGAAGCCAGUGCAGUCAGUACCGUGAAUGCUGCUACUGUGUUGUAUUUUACUCCCACGAGUCAGGACUCACAAUGCAGAUCCUCUGGUACUCUAGCAGGCCAGCCAGACUUUCUGAUUUCAGAAAGCAGAGGAACCAAUGAGAAUUAACAUGAGGCAGGGACCAGUCCACACUCACCAGUACACCCUGGCCUUUCCACUCUGUUCCUCCUGGUGCACAGUAUUUGGAGAGACUUUGGCACUCUACCACAUUCCAAACUGCACAAAAAUACUGGAACAGCAGGACUUAUUUAAGCGGGAUAAACCCUGCUGAUUUUUUAUAGUAGCAAACCAUGUGCAGUAGGGACCAUCCAUAUGCUAGAACCGCUCUGCGCUGCAGAAUAUCUCCUUGUCGGAUAAGGGCCUUUAAAGUAGCUGAGAGACACUGCAUAGCAUUGCUAACAUCUUGGCUAAUAUGAUAUAAUGUCCCUUGGCACAGCUUGAACACCAACUGCAGGCACUGAACAAUGAACAGCUACAGACACGGGUUCAAAAUGACCAAUUAAGGCAACUUAAUGAUGACCUUGUGGAGCAGCUGGAGAGGACCAAGGGGGACCUGGAGAGAUCGCAUGAAAACUUGGAGAGAUUGAAAAGACAGGAGCAGGAGGGGGAAGAAUGCAAGAAAAGGGAUGCCUUUAAAGUCUCCAGGAACAUGCAGAAAGAGAAACAGAGCCUCCUGCGACAACUUGAGCUUCUCAGAGACAUUAACAAGAAGUUACGGGAUGAAAAGGACGUGUUUGAAGCAACAAAGUUAAAUACAUUAAGGCAAUCCCUUACAGACCCCAUACCCCUACCCGGCUGCUGCUGCUGUUCUCCCCAUUACUCUUCACGUCUUUCUUGUCAUUCAUGUCAUUGAUGGGGCCCAGCCCUUCAGUCUGUAUAUAAAGAUUUGUAGUAUAUUUCACAUUUUUAUUUGAGGGAUCUUUAAGCUGAGUGUGCUGUGCUACUAUCCUGCUGCUUCCAACAUGCCCUGACAGCUGAUUGAUAGGGGGUGCUGGGAAAUUGAGAAGCAAAAGCCACACAGCAUGAAGAUCUGUGUGCUAUUUAGAAGUGUAUGUAUAUAUAAAUAUGUAUAUAGGUUUUGUGUGCGCUCAUGCAUUCACUAUAACAGUGCAUGUGUGUGUGUAUGUGUGUCUGGCUGCAUGGGUGUGUAUGACUGUGGCAAGUGCAGAAAACUGAGUGAUCGAAAUGUGUGAGAUAUACAGUCUGAAAUGACUAAAUUCAACACAAAGUCUAUAUUUAUAAUAAAUUGUGGCUGUUGUGAAUUAA